UUUCGUAACUUUUAUUCAGCUUUUUUUGACUCGCUCGGCUUCCUCUGCAUUUCCAGCGAUGUCUGGGCGCGGGAAGCAGGGCGGGAAGGCGCGCGCCAAGGCCAAGUCGCGCUCGUCGCGGGCCGGGCUGCAGUUCCCCGUGGGCCGCGUGCACCGGCUGCUGCGCAAGGGCAACUACGCGGAGCGCGUGGGCGCCGGCGCCCCGGUGUACCUGGCUGCCGUGCUGGAGUACCUGACGGCCGAGAUCCUGGAGCUGGCGGGCAACGCGGCCCGCGACAACAAGAAGACGCGCAUCAUCCCCCGCCACCUGCAGCUCGCCAUCCGCAACGACGAGGAGCUCAACAAGCUGCUGGGCAAGGUGACCAUCGCGCAGGGCGGCGUGCUGCCCAACAUCCAGGCCGUGCUGCUGCCCAAGAAGACCGACAGCCACAAGGCUAAAGCCAAGUAAAUCUCAUCUGACAAACAACCCAAAGGCUCUUUUCAGAGCCACCCACAUCUUCCUAGAAAGAGCAGGAACGCUUGAACCCGGGGAUACGUGAUAUGUCAAUGUAUUUAGAAACUUGAAAUCUCCCGGUUGUGGGGGGCCUUCUAAAAUGUUAUGUAUCUUUACAUUCUACCUUGGUGAUCUGUAGCUUCCUGCCUUUUUUAUCUUGGAAGUUACGGUACUUAUGUAAGCGUGCGUCAGUUCCUCUUUGAAAAAAAAAAAAAAAUCAAUAAAAGGUAGCGGUUGUGACUGAUGAAAUCGGUCAUCGCUGUGUGGAUUAAGAAAUGUGAACUCU